AUGUUGCGCAGUAAGAAAAAAAAAAUGCUUAUUAAAUUAAUGCUUUUGGAGCAAAUCGACGAAGAAACAGCCAUAAUCGAACAUGUAAUGAAUAAUAAAAAUCACAAUAUUCAUGAUAUGUUUCUCAAAAGAAAAAUUGAGGGCUUUUAUAACAUUUUAAUUGAGAAACAUUUAUUUAAAGAUGAAACCAAAUUCAGAGAAUUUUUUCGAUUGAGUUAUGAUCAAUUUAAUUAUGUUUUAAAUAUCAUUGAAGAUGACAUCAAGAGUGAUCCUUACAAUCGAGUUAAACAGCCAAUAACACCAGCCGAGAAGUUAUCAGUUACAUUAAGGUAA